UGAGAUAUAGAGAGAGAGAGAGAAGAUGCCUCCCACGACCGGGGCAAGGAUCUUCUGUAUAGGAAGAGAGAUAAGGUGGGGAUAGAGACACACGCAGAAAGAAGACGAGAAAAGAGGUAGAAGUAUCUAGGGAAUGCCAGAAGGGGGGUGGUAUUUAAAGGGCACACAUAUCGGCCCAUGGGCCUCCUCCUCGUCCAACUACAACUACGACUGAGACUGAGUACUACCUCAUCAUUCCCCAAAAGCGUCAUCGGCGUAAGAGGAGAGGAUAAAAAAGGAAAAAUUCAGAAAAAAAAAAAAAAAGAAGGACCCAUCAUGAGGACCGGGUUCGACUCGUUAGUAUCGGGCCGUGGAACCAGUCAAGGAAGCCGACCACGCGAGGGCCAGCCGGGGGAGGGAGACAAGAAAAGGAAAAGAUGCAGAAGUGGGGAACCGCAUGAUGGGCAGCAAUCAAGCCUUCGAAAAGAUGUCUGACCAUUACGCAUCGAACCGAGAGAAAUGGAGUGGAAUAAGUGGAAUGGAAAGGAAUGUCGCGAUGCUGAUUCUUCCCCAGAACAGAAGCGGAGGAGACAAUUUCCC